UAUUGUCUCCAGCUGCGACUUCAGCUGCUCAGAAGAACCAGGUAGAACCAGAGGAACCAGGUAGAACCCAGAAGAACUAGGUAGAACCCAGAGGAACCAGGUGGGACCAGAGGAACCAGGUAGAACAAGAGGAACCAGGUAGAACCCAGAGGAACCAGGUAGAACCCAGAGGAACCAAGAGGAACCAGAUGAAGAUGCAGUGGGCGGUGUUGAUCUACUUCCUGUCGUCUCUGCUGGGCGGCGACGCGGCGCCGGCAGGAGAUGAGGUGACCUUCCUGCCUGGUCUGCAGAAGCAGCCGAGCUUCAGACAUUACUCUGGUUACCUGAGCGUGGCCGACGGAAAGCACCUGCACUACUGGUGGGUGGAGUCCCAGAACGAGCCGACCUCUGACCCGGUGGUGCUGUGGUUGAACGGCGGCCCCGGCUGCAGCUCUCUGGACGGACUGCUGACCGAGCACGGCCCCUUCCUGAUCCAGGAUGAUGGAGUGACUUUGCAGUACAACCCUUAUUCCUGGAACAAGCUAGCCAACGUGUUGUACCUGGAGUCUCCAGCAGGAGUUGGUUUCUCGUACUCUGAUGAUAAGAAUUACGUGACAAACGACACGGAGGUGUCGAUGAACAACUUCCUGGCUCUGAGGGAAUUCUUCCGCUUGUUCCCAGAGUUCAGCAAGAACGACCUCUUUCUGACCGGAGAGAGUUACGGAGGAAUCUACAUCCCCACGCUGGCGGAGCGAGUGAUGGAGGACGCCACGCUCAACCUGCAGGGCGUUGCCGUGGGAAACGGUAUGUCGAGUUACGAGAUGAACGAUAACUCUCUGGUGUUCUUCGCCUACUACCACGGCCUCUUGGGCAGCGGGCUGUGGCGCCGGCUGCAGACGUUUUGCUGCAGCGACGCCACGUGCAACUUCUACAACAAUCAGGACCAGAACUGCUCUGCCAGCGUGUCGGAGGUUCAGGAGGUCGUCUACAGUUCAGGUCUGAACAUGUACAACCUGUACUCGUCAUGUCCAGGUGGAGUCGGACACAGGGUCAGUGUGGAGCGAGGCGACCUGGUGAUCCGGGAUCUGGGGAACUCGUUCACCAAUCACCAGUGGACUCAGCUGUGGAACCAGAAGCUUCGAGUUCUGGCAUCUCGCCACCUGUCCGUCCGCCUGGACCCCCCCUGCACAAACUCCACCCCCUCCUCCCUCUACCUGAACAGUCCGUACGUCAGAGCCGCGCUGCACAUCCCCCCCGAGCUGCCGGCCUGGGUCAUCUGCAGUGCGGAGGUGAACCUGAACUAUGGUCGUCUGUGUCUGGACGUGAGGAAACAGUAUCUGAAGCUUCUCUCUGCUCUGAAGUACCGGGUCCUGGUGUAUAACGGAGACGUGGACAUGGCGUGUAACUUCAUGGGAGACGAGUGGUUCGUUGAGUCUCUGCAGCAGCAGGUGCUGGUUCAGAGGCGUCCGUGGUUCUACAGCGAUGAAGACGGGCGGCAGGUCGGAGGCUUCGUCAAAGAGUUCAACAACAUGGCCUUCCUCACAGUCAAGGGCUCAGGUCACAUGGUUCCAUCAGAUAAACCAGUCGCUGCCUUCGCCAUGUUCACCAGAUUCAUCAAGAGACAACCCUACUGACGGGGGGGCACCAGCCUCCUGCCAGCCAAUCAGCACAGCUCUCCACUGUGUUGCCCGGCGACCAGGUCCUUGCAGGAGGAAAUGAAACCGUCACUCAUCUGGUUACUUGUGUGGUUGUCAUGGAAACGCUCACUGCCAUCAGUGUCUUUAAUGUGAAACUUCUUCUGCUGUUUGUGUUUGGUUUAAGAACCAGUUCAAUAAAGUUUGAAACAAAAA